CAGAUAUAGUGAAUGCGGGGUCCGGGGAGACCGGAUAUAGUGAAUGCGGGGUCCGGGGAGAGCGGAUAUAGUGAAUGCAGGGGUCCGGGGAGACCAGAUAUAGUGACUGCGGGGUCCAGGGAGAGCGGAUAUAGUGAAUGCAGGGUCCGGGGAGAGCAGAUAUAGUGAGUGCAGGGGUCCGGGGAGACCAGAUAUAGUGAAUGCGGGGUCCGGGGAGACCGGAUAUAGUGAAUGCGGGGUCCGGGGAGAGCGGAUAUAGUGAAUGCGGGGUCCGGGGAGAGCGGUUAUAGUGAAUGCGGGGUCCGGGGAGAGCGGAUAUAGUGAAUGCAGGGUCCGGGGAGA